AUGGCUGGCGGCAUGACGCUGGCAAUGAGCAUCUCGGUGGACUACGAGUCCAACAUGGAAUGGCUAGACAGCUACACCGGUGAUGACCCAACGAUUCCUGGAGCUAAGCGCGGUCCUUGUCCGAAACCUGGCGGUGAACCCGAUUGUGUGUUUGCUGAGAGCCCUAAUGCGGCAGUAAAGUUCUUCAACCUCCGCUGGGGCGCCCAUUGGACUACUAUCUAG